AAAAACCAACACACACUUCAAUUUAGCACACUAUAGGGGCUUUUAACGAACCGGAAAAUUAUAAAUAUUACUUUUGCAAAAGAAAAAAAUGGACAAUUAUAGAUGAAUGGUUUAUUUUGUUAUUGUCUGCCUAUAAAUCAAACGGAAUGACGUAGAUGGGAAAAUCAUAUGAACAGCAACAGAUGUCUAACUAAAACUACAAUAUAACAGGGAAGGUUAUGAGUUUAACAAUGAAUGGAUACAUGCCAUCCCAGAUGGUAAGGAAAUAUAUUGGAAGACGCAAUUUUUCGAAAUGAGCAGCACGAUGUUUUGAAAAUUCUUAGUUUGGAUAUAUAGGUAUCGGUUCCGAUGGUUGUUACAAUAGAAAAUGUUCCAAAUGAAAUUUUGGUUGCAAUAUUUAGAUUUUUACAACCAAUAGAUGACGUCUUACCGGCUCUUGCAUUAGUAUGCCGGAAGUGGCACGAUGUGUUGUAUUUCUACGGAUCGCUAUGGAAGACCAUUAUCAUAGAUCCAACGUUCUACAAACAAUGGCAUUUCAAAAUGGUGGUUUGCCUGUUUCGUCUUUAUGGACAUCAUAUACAAAAGCUAAUUUGGCGGGAAAAUACAUCAGUUUAUGAAGCUAUUUUUUCUUGCGUCCCUCUUUUGAAAAACCUUAGAGUUUUAAGGAUUCCUGUUUUGUGGACUAAAAGAGUGAUAGACACAUGUUGUGCUUUACCAAAUUUGGAGAAAAUUUAUAUAAAUGGAGGCUAUUCGUUAACAGAUUCGCAACUUAUGGACAUUGCACGACGUUUGCCGGCACUGAAGUCAGUUACACUAAACGCAUGCUGGAAUAUUACUAUCGAUGGCAUCCGAUCUAUUUUACCUCUAUUAAAUUCACUGGAAGAUGUACAUAUCAAGAUUAAUUCUAAUUUGCAACUGGAAAACGGCCGGAGCGAGACGGCAAUUAGACAGGGUUUCGAAAUAUUUAAUGGUUUAAAGUUCGAGCCACUGUGUAACCUUGUUACCGUGCUAUGUGUGCACUUCAUUUCCAUGGAAAUGGAGGACCUAUUUGGGAAAAUUUAAACAAAACUGAAAGUGCUCCGUAAACUAAGCAUCAGCAAUUGUGAGCAAUUACACGGUGUAAGACUAAUGUCUGCCAGCCUGCAGAAAUUUUACAUUUUUAACGUAUGGAGCACGACUUUCAUCAGCAUUUACGCGCCAAAACUACGUCACGUGAUAAUUGACUAUGGGAUGGAGUCCUUGGAACACGUCGAACUUAUCGCGCAAACCCUUCGACGCGCAUGCGUCAACGGCUCGAACAGCCUACGCACAUUAAAAAUCAAAAGUGAAAAACUUUCAUUGCUAGAGAUAUCACAGUGUGACGUCAUUGAUAUGAAAUCAUUCAAAGACACACUUCGUUCAAAUAUCGGUCUGAAGUGUCUCAGACUUGGAUGUAUUUCUCAAGAUAGCCUUACAUUGGAUGAAUAUAUGGUUCCAAGCGUAGAAGAACUUUGUUUGCUUGGGGACUUCGAUUGUGAAACAUUGCAUGUACGAAGUCCGUCAAUACGGUAUCUUCACACGGAAGCGGAAGAAGAUAUAAUCACACUGAACCAUAUGUACAUAACAGCAAACCAUCUGUGUAAAGUUGUCAUGGUCGGUUUACCCGCGCUGAAGACAGUGACUAUACAAUGUGUCAGUGUAGACUGCAUAGAGAUGAAUUUAUGCAGUGAUGACCAACUCAACCUGCAGUCUUGUGUCAUACACGCGUUAAAUGCCAUAGGAUUUCUUCGCCUAUUUGAUUGCAAAUUUGGCCUUUUGUCCAUCUGUACACGGCUGGCAAAGACAGUAGUACUGUACCGCUGUCAAAUGACAGAUUACGUACUGCAGAUGGCUCUAUCCGGUUGCCCAAACGUAGCUCAUCUAAAUCUCGAAAAAUGUCGCGAGAUAAGUACGGUAAACAUUACUACACAACCGCUAAAGUACCUGAAUUUGUUCGACUGUUCAACUAUUAAGAAACUUCAUCUAAAC